AUCAGCUGUUUUAUCGUAGACAAGCCAUCAAAAGUUAACAAAGUUUUGAACUGUUUUUAUCUAAUAAAAUUAUGGCUUUAAUGGGUGCAUACGAAAGAAUUUCACUAAAGAGUUACAACUUUUAAGAUAGUAGAUUUUGGAGUUGUAAUCUGAGUGUAUGUCUGGGAAAAACUUGGUACAUGAAAACAGAUUAUUUAUGUUUACCAGAACAUAACCGCAAUUUCAUUUAAUAAUUUUUAUCAACUUAUUCUUUAUAUAAUUUUUUUAUAUUUAGUUGAAUUGUAAACUGUUAAAAAUGUUUACUAACAGAAUAUUUAGAUUUCUUCGGAAAAAGAUAGUUCUUGCUGCUUUGUUUACAUUAUCAUUUUGUUACUGUUUGAUCCACUGGUUGCCGGAAAAUGAAGAACUGAUGUCUGAUGAUAAUAUGGUGCAGCCUCUAAAUUUACCAUCUCAAUCUUUUAAAUGGCACACAUCCUGGGACAAAACAAAUCACAGCAAUUCUAAAAUAACUUCUUGUCGGAAUUCUGUACAAGGCAAGAUACUUAUAGCUGAUGAUAAAGGUUUUGUUUGCCCUAGACAAGAUGUAUUAUCAAAUGGGUGCUGCAAUAUAGAUUCUCCUUCUACUAGUCGUUACAGUUGUGAAUCCUGCCAUGAUAAUGGAUGUUGUAGUAUAUAUGAAUAUUGCAUUUCUUGUUGUUUACAACCAGAAAAAAGAGCACUUCUAAUGAAAAUACUUGGCAAAGCAUCAGAAACUUUUAACAUUUUGUUUGCAUCUAUCACUGAUCAUUUUGAACUUUGUCUUACUAAAUGUAGAACAUCUUCCCAAAGUGUUCAACAUGAAAAUUCAUACACAGAUCCUAAAGCAAAACAUUGCUACGGGGAAUCACCACCAGCAGCUCAACUAGGAACAUCUUAGCAUUUUUCAAAAAUAAUGAACAAUUUGUAAAUAAUACAGCUUCACUGCCAG